AUGACUACAACCACAGACAGCAACGGCGGCAAAACGCAAACGCAGACGCACAAGAAACAAGUGAGAAGACGGCUCCAUACGAGCCGUCCUUACCAAGAGCGUCUCCUUAACAUGGCCGAGGCUCGUCGAGAAAUAGUCACCGCCUUAAAACACCACCGGGCUUCCAUGAGACAAGCCACCACGACUCCACCGCCACCUUCCCCUCCUCUCCCUGAUUCAUUUUCUUGGUCAAACUCACAUGAUCUCAACUUCCUCCUCCCACAUCAACCAUUAGGGUUGAACCUCAACUUCCACGACUUCGACGACUUCAUCCAAACCUCGUCGUCACCUCCCCUUCCCACCUUCGCUGCCACAUCUGAUAUGGUUCUUCACGAACCGUCGAAACAGCUGAUGGAAUCAGAGAACAACGUUGUGACGUCAGCCUUGUGGUCAGAGCUCAAGACGAAGACGGUGGAGCCGGAGGAAGAAGUCGUGGUGGUGGAAGAUGACGUGUUCCCGAAGUUAAGUGACGUAAUGGAGUUUCCUUCGUGGUUAAAUCCAACAGAUGAUGAAGAAUUGUUUCAUCCUUUCAAUCUCACCCAUUACUCAUGUCCUCACAAUCCUCCAUUGUCCUGUAUGGAGUUUGGGGAAAUUGAGGGCAUGGAUGGAGACGACUGGCUUGCUUGA